UACUAGAUAGAAAAAAACAUUUUCAAAACGACCAACGGGCGUGGGAGUCAACUCAGCAUCCAUCAGUCAUCCAUUAAAAAAAAUAUAAUUUGGAGGAUUUUGACCAGAACAUAUAUAGCUACACAAAUCGAAUUUAUUAAGUUUACAAAUGGCAGAUCCGACGACACAGUCUGCCCAGAUUUCGUGCGCUACGAACGCUUCAUCGACCAAAGAAUCCACAUAUUACGUGAUGGAGCUGGUGUACUGGCGGGACCCAAAGAAGUCUGCGGUGGCCUUUGGCAUGUCUCUGCUGGUCCUUCUGUCCCUGGCCACCUUCAGCGUCAUCAGUGUGGUCUCCUACAUGCUGCUGGCACUGCUCUGUGUCACAAUCACCUUCCGCGUCUACAAGUCUGUCAUUCAGGCAGUGCAGAAGUCUGAAGAGGGCCACCCCUUCAAGGCUCUGAUGGAGAAGGACCUGACCGUUCAGCCUGAGAUUUUCCGAAAAUAUGUGGAUGUGUGUCUGACCUAUGUGAAUCUUGCCAUCAAACAGGCCAGGCACCUGCUGCUGGUGGAGGACCUGGUGGACUCGCUGAAGCUGGCUGGUUUCAUGUGGCUGCUGACUUAUGUGGGCGCUGUCUUCAAUGGCAUCACUAUCCUGAUACUGACUGAUAUCAUUUUCUUCAGCACGCCUCUGGUUUAUGAGAGAAAUAAAACUCAGAUCGAUCAAUACAUUGAACUGAUUCGCACCAGAGUUGAAGUCACACUUGCAAAGCUUCAAGAUAAACUCCCUGGGGCAGUAAAGCGCACCAAAGCAGAGUGACGGUCCAUGAACCCUAUUCAACAACUAAUCUCCCUCACUUCUACUGCAACUCCAGUCCUACACAGCGUCGAACUAGUGGCAGUCAUCGCUCAAUAUUCUAUGUACCGUAACUAACUUGCAUAGGGUGCAAUGCUUGUGUUUUUGUUGUUGGAGCCAUCCACAUUCUGUACAUUCUCUUGAUCCUCAAAGACCAUGUACUCCUUAACAUAUGAUUCCUGGUUGAACCAGGGGGGGCGUAAGUCAGGAGAAUCAGUGAUUCACUUUUAAUUAUUUCAAGGAUACAGAAUGGUGUGUAACAUCUCUAAAAAGCAAAUGUUUGUACUCUAAUCUGUUUUGCGGAGAAAGUUAUUUGUUGUAGUUUUGUACAUUUUCACAAAAUAAAUCAUUUUUAAUUUAUGAAGAAGGAAAAAAAAACUUAAGCACUCGGUGUGUGUUUCUGUUUCUGAAUUGGGAAGUUUCUGGGGCACUCAACCUUUUCAGCAUCGUCUCAGUUCAUCCUAAAGACACUUGGUAUCUGCACUGCACGGAGUAUUUUGUAAGUAAUUCAUCAAACUUGAAAUAAAAAUGAAGGAAACUCUGGAAAAA